UCGCGCAUGUGCAACAUUCAGCAGAGGCAGGAUGCGCGCGCAGCUCACAGGUCUGUUACUGUCUUGUUGAGUUUAAGGGAAAUGAUCCGGUUCAAUCUGUUUAUUGUGUUCGGAUUAAAGUCUCUUUGUUUCUGUUAAAACAUUAAAGAACGAGUGAAACUGGAGCCGCAGAUCCAACAUGGCGGCUAUUUGUCUGUCUGAGCCAGCACGGAGCCAACAUGGCGGCUCGUAAUACCCGAACUAUCAGAACCAGGAUCCUCCCUGUGUGUCUCUGUCGGUUUAUUAUGAGCUCCGUGUCUCUGGCUCUAUGGCGGAUCGUUAAACAGCAGGAACUCUCAGGAGUCUGAAACACAACAGAUCAGACACAAACUGACCGGAGACCAGCAGUGACCUGUAAACUAACCCAGUAUCCGUAACAAUCAGACGAUCGGUAAUAAUCAGUUGUCAUCAAGCGGACUCAACCCGUCUUUGUCCGCAGCAUCCCGCCGCUUCAGUCCUCAUCUGACCGGCGGCGCGGAGCGCCCCGUCCGCUACUCUCUCCGGGUCCCGGUCCUCCCCGGAUCCUCCCGCCGGGAUCAUUUUGAACCAGGUAGCGGCAGCAAGAUGGCGUCCGAGUCUGCGCAGUACUGGGGCAGGACGGGCGGUGACGUCCCGGAGCAGAAACACCGCGUGCUCCAGCUGGACGGAGUCGCGACACGGCAGCAGACGAUCCAGAUCAGACCGGAUCGGGAUUAACGGAUCACACCGGACCGGGAUUAACGGAUCACACCGGACCGGGAUUAACGGAUCACACCGGACCGGGAUUAACGGAUCACACCGGACCGGGAUUAACGGAACUCCGCUGGUCUGGACGAGUCCGAGCAGUUGAAGGUAAUUCGCGCGCCGUCAUCAGAGCACAUGGUCGGUGCUCGUGCACAUACAGGGCCUAGCACCGGGCCGAGUAGCAAGCCUAGCUCAGUACCGGGCCAAGCACUGAGUACCGGGCCGAGCACCGGGCCUAGCACUGAGUACCGGGCCGAGCACCGGGCCUAGCACUGAGUACCGGGCCGAGUACCAGGCCUAGCACCGGGCCUGUUGGCCUCAGACCGGGUUCUACCGGUUCUUCAGGACUUCUUUGUCUCGGAGGUUAAGUCGCAGCAGAUGGUCCUUCAGUGAUUGUUUGUUGCCACCGGAUGCUGUCUUGAAGCAUUGUUCAGAUGUAUAGGAAGCAGGAUCCUGCUGGGACCUGUUCAUGGCUGCUAAGAAGAAGCCAAAAGGAAUGGUGUUCCAUCAGGAAGGGGCGACCACCCCUGCAGUGGCGCUGGCCGCGGACCAUCCGCCUGCACGCUUUGUUCUUCCAAAACCAGGGAAGACGAGGGAAGGCGGCAUGGAACCAAGCACCUGUGUAACCAAUGAGGAGGCAAAUAUGAUGGGUAAACCAUCAAAGGAACCCAUCAGGACGUCUGAGAGACUUCCUGUGAUGAAACAUCCUGCCAGUUUGAACCCUCAAUCUGAUACCCUGUCACCUGAGAGUGUCUCCAAAGGCAUCAAAGUGACGCUGGACAACAACAGCAUGUGGAAUGAAUUUUUCAGGAACAAAACAGAGAUGAUUCUGACGAAACAAGGCAGCAGGAUGUUCCCCUACUGCCGAUUUCGCGUCUCCGGCUUGCAGCCAUCUAGGAAGUACACUUUGAUCCUGGACAUCGUCCCUUUAGACAACACUCGUUACAAGUGGACCGGCAAGAACUGGCAAGCAGCCGGAAAAGCCGAACGCCAUGUUCAGAGUCAACCGUUCGCUCAUCCAGAGUCCCCGUCGACGGGUCAACACUGGAUGCAGAAUCCGGUGUCCUUUUACAAACUGAAGCUCACAAACAACAGAUCAGAACCAGAGGGGAACACGGGAAACACCAUCCUGCACCCGAUGCACCGCUACUUACCACAGCUGCACGUGGUCCAAACGGACAGAGCUGCGAAAGACGCAAAGUUAAGCGGUCCCAGUGUUGUCACUUUCUCUUUCCCCCAGACUGAGUUUAUGGCAGUCACUGCUUACCAGAACUCACGGUUUUCUCAGCUGAAAGUCGAUUACAACCCGUUUGCUAAAGGACUCAAAGAGGAGGGCUCUGUGCUGUCGGGUCUGAAGCUCAAAUUGAACUCUAGCAAAGACGGAGGCGCGAGCACCAACGAGCAGCAUCCCAUGAAGAAGAGCCUGAAAUCUCUGCUCGCAAACCAUAAACCUCGAAGUUCAAAAGCAGUGGACACAAAGCCUUCGGGGUCGGGUGACCUCCAGAGAAGCUCCACGCCAAACGCAGGCAGUUCGGCUGCCGGCAUCCCAGGGGAAUGUUCCAGCAGUGGUUCACGUCCAGCUCAGAAGUUAUUUUCUGAACUUAUUCGUGAGGCUCAUGUUUCACUGCACAGAUGCAACCUGGAGCAGCUGGGCAUCAGCAGCAGCACCUCUCACACUAAAAACACUGCUCCCAAGAGAGAUGGAGCAUCUGUAAAGACACAAAGUGAAACGUCACCUGUUGGGGCAAAGAGGACAGUAGAGGAGGAAAAAAGCCUUUUGAAUUCAUUCAACUGUAAAGACAAUGUGAGGACAGAUUCUUCUCGGGUCGGUAAUGAGGUUGUGUCCAAGAAGUCCUCUGUGGACUCUGACCGCCAACACCAGCCCGAAGCUCCGUCAGAUGUGAAAGUAAAACAGCAGAAACGUCCGGCUCCUCUGCCUCUGCCAGCCCUCGCUCUUUUUUUGAAGCAGCAUUCGACAAAAUCUAAAAUGUUGAAGGGCAAGUUGGACCGUCCUUCCUCUGCACUUCCGUCAGAACCUCUGUCCGGGUUGCUGAGUUUUGCUGCGGCUCCUGUCGGUGAGCGAGCCGCUGACCUCUCCAAGGACCUCACUGAUGAUGUCACAGACUCAGACGGCCGGGCCUCUGGACUCGCUGAUGCACAUCUUCACCCAGAUAAAACAAUUGAGACUCCCUACAGGCCUUCCAGUCCUUCAUGUUCAGAUGCUGUUGCCACUACAGACAUAAAAAGACUAAGAACUGAUGUUUUCUUGGCUUCUAAUUCAGUUGCUGAAAGCACAGGCCCAGAGCCAUCAGUGUUACCCGACUCGGAUCAGUCGAGUUGUACUACCGGGACACCAAAAUCCCCCAUUUCCUCAACUCUUGCUACCUCUGAUACAUCACCUGUUUCAGUGUUACCUGCCUCGUUCUCCCCACAAACACCGGCCGUCCCCAAGUCUCCCACGCUACCUUCGGACUCUGAUUCUUUGCUGCCCGACCCGGAGUGUUCCUCGUUCGGCUUUGAGUCGUUGUCUCCUGCAAGCUCUCCAGAGCCUCUACCUUCCCUACCCCUCUCGCUAACUUUAGAAUUCAACUCCACAACCUCUGAACCCUCUCCAAAAGCAGAUCGCCCUGAAGAGACGCCACCCAGCGAGGACUGCGUCCAGUCCGUGUUUACGUGGCACACAGUGUUGCCUCCAGCUGAGCCUUUCCUCGAUGCUUCGUUCACUACAUUUCAGUCAGCACCGCAGACUCUUCCUUUAGAGUCUUUCCCAUCACCUCUGUUGCCUUCCCAGACUCCCUCCCACUCUGAACCGCAGACUCUUGAAUCCGCCUCCAUGCCCCCCCCUGACCCUGCGCUGCCGUUCACUGCAGAACUGUCCCCCCUCGCGCUCCAGUUGCCGCUGUCUCCAACCUUUUCUUCAUUGGACGGAGAUGGACUGUCGCCGACGCCUUCGCUCACUGACCUUGUGCACUUUUUCACCACUAAUGAUGAUCUUGGGAUUGGGGUGGAGUUUCCAAACGCUGAGGUGCCGGCUGCCCCCUGCCCACCUCCAGCAGAGACAAACGCACCUUCUCAACAGGUGCGACCUCUCCCAGCCAACAAAUCCUGCAGGAGCAAGAAAAAGUCACGGCGGCGAAAGUUCGCUCAGAUGGAUGGGGAUCAGAAGACGGAAACCUCCACCUACACUCGAAUGCAGCCCAACCUGGAGGAAGUGGAGGAGCAGUUAUUCAUCUCAUUCACAUCAAAGGAGGCCCUCAAACUUCACAUCGCAGACUCUGAUGGGACAACUGAAGGUCACCUGAGACAGAAUGCUGACGCACCUGAGACUGUUCAAUGUUCCGCAGAGAUGGCAGAAGGUUUGGAGGAGCAGAUCGCUGCCUCUGGGAAGAUUCUUCUGAAAGACUUGAAGCUGAUGAGACACCGACAGGUGAUCCAUCCGGUGCUGCAGGAAGUCGGUCUGAAGAUGAACCUGCUGGAUCCAACUCUGGCCAUCGACCUGCAGUACCUGGGAGUUCGUCUGCCCGUCCCCCCUCCUGGAGUCUCUCUGGAGCCGCUUAACAAGGAGCUGCCGCCUCCUCCAGGAGUUUCUGCAGCGUUUGUGUCCAGAACAGGAAAAACAACAGACGUGACUCAGAUUAAAGGUUGGAGAGAGAAAUUCACUCCAUCAGAGGCUCCGUCGACACCAACCACACCUGAAGCUGGUCCUGGUUCAGACGUGCAGAAGAAGAACCUGUCUGCGUUCUGCAGCGACAUGUUGGACGAGUAUCUGGAGAACGAAGGGAGGCUGAUCGACGAGCGAGCCGCCAGCUUCUCUCAGCCGCUGGUGGAGCCGCUAGUCUACGAGCUGCCCACUAGGAGCACCAGUUACGUCCGCACCCUUGACAGCGUCCUAAAGAAGAAGACCGCUGACUCACCCACCUCAGACCUCAUAUCUGGAUUCAUCCCCCCCUCCAAGAGACCCAAAGCCCCUUUCAGAGAGAGCAAAGCAGCCAGGAAGGAAAGUUUCAGGCAAAAAGGUCCAAAACACAAAAAACCCAGAGCAGAACCAACUCCAGGUCCUGCACCUGCACUUAGUCCGGCUGAACCAAACGUGGUCCUGAAACAACCUAUAGUCCAGCUCCCGGCAACCCCGCCCCUCUCAGAUCACACAGCACCCGUCACGCACAGAUCAAAGAAAGUCCGACUCAACCACACAGAACUGUUAACUCUGUCUCCUCAACGCAGCAAGAGGAGGAAACUCAAACCCAGGACCUCGUCCCAGACCCUCAGCCCCCCCAAGUGUACAGCGUCCCCGCCCGGGGCCUCAGAGGACAUGGCUCCGCUGGAGUCAGACUCUGAGCUGGGGACCGCCGAGAAUCAGAACGAGGAGACCUGCGGGACGCAUGUUGGGCCAGUGAUGACCCGAGCGCUGCUGAGACAGAAGGACCUGGAGGACGGCGUGGUGUGGGAGGGCCGACCACGGACCACCAUCACCCGGGAGAGGGCCGCCAUCGCUUUGACGUCGCUCUUCACGCUGAAGGGUUUCGUCAGUGAGAACCCCACUGCCCCCCUCCAGCUGGUGCGGAGACGAGCCCCGCCCUGCCUCAAUGAGUUCUGCAGGCUGGGCUGUUUGUGCUCCAGUCUGGCCCGUGGCAGCAGGAGCAGCCACUGCAGCCGGCCGCGCUGCAUGUUCGGCUGCAGCUGCCUCAAACAGAAGGUGGUCCUCCUCAAGAAUCUGGACGGCUCCGACUCCAGCCCCUCCCAACAAGGAAACCACGGGAAGAAGAAGAGGAGGAUGAAGAUGGCCUACGUCCUAAAGGAGGCGGACAGUGUUUCCCAGCCUGCCGAGCGGGUCCGGAUCCUGUGGCGACGGGACAUUGCAGACUCGGAUCCAGAACCGACCCAUGCCCCAGAAUCCCAGCCCUCUGAAAGACCCGAGAGACGAGAGGACGGCAGCAGCUGUGCCAGAGUCCGAGCUUUCGCCCCGAAGAGGAAGAGGAGGAGGAAACCGAGCUGCAGGGAGCUGACAGACGCCUCGGAACCUCCGGAGACGCCAAAAGACGUGAAGUCUAAAGACGUGAAGUCUAAAGAUGUGAAGUCUAAAUCUGCUCGGCUGAAAUCUGUGAAACAGAGAAACCUGACGCUGAAGGACAAACAGACCAAACCCUCCAGUCCUCCUCCAGCAGCUGAUCUGGUUAGGCUUCCACUGCCUGAGCCGACCCCGAAGCCAUCGAAGCGUCUGAUCGUCCUGGCGGAGUGUAAGUGGGCUAGCGACCGCGACCUGGUGCUGACGAGAAUCUGCGAGGAGAUGGCCCAGGACCGGCUGACCGGACCCUUCUGGGUCAAAGACUACCUCAUCAGUCCCAUCAGUCAGACCGUGGAGGGGAGCGGUGCCGACCGCUGCGUCCAGUACAAGAUCCACAUCUCCAGACCCAGAAUGGAGCAGGAGGAGCCAGCAGAAUCACCACAACAAGAGACAGAACAGCAGCAGCAGGAUUACGUGCAGCAGGUCGUCAUAAAGGAGGAGCCUGUGGAGGAGGAGGAGCCUCUGGAGGACUGGCAGCGGGAGGUGGAGGAGGAGCCUCUGGAGGAGCAGGAGGAGGAGCCUCUGGAGGACUGGCAGCGGGAGGUGGAGGAGGACGUCAAGGAGGAGAUGGGGUCAGAAGACGAGCCGCUGCAUGAUGGGACGGAGAGCAGCAGGCAGGAAAUGAAGAAGAAGAAAAAGAAGAUGGUCAGCAUGGCGCUGCCGUUCCUCACAGGAAUCUCGCCGACUGGCUUCCUCUCAGCCAAUAAGAGGCAGCCGGGAGGAACCGACCACCUGGUGCAGGUGAACGGGAAGUUGUAUCCGCUGGCAAAGAUCCAGCUGGGGAAGAUGGGGGCGCUCCAUCCAGCCAACCGGCUGGCGGCUUACCUCACGGGGCGGGUCGGCGGCAACAGGAAGCAGCAACGCUCUUCUUCUGCUUCUGAUCCCGCUCAGAGCUCAGGACCGACCUCAACGCCCACGCCUCAGCCGGCUGUAGUGGCGCUCCCUGCCCCCCCUGCAGUGAAGAUCGACCAAUCGGCUGCUGACACUCCUGAGGGGGCGGGGCCUCGUGUCGUCACGGUGAAGGUGUUCCCAGGUGUGACUGGUGGAGGCGGGCACUUCAGAGUGGUACCUGCAGCUGCUGGCUCUGCCCAUACAGACUCACUGGGUCCCCCUAAAGGAACCCAGCUGUUGGUCCUUCAGGUCCCGCCUCCUCCAAGGAAGCUUUCUGUUCCACCCCCCCGGCCCGCCACCGGCCAGAAGAUGGUCCUGCAGCCGGUCCAGACCGCGUCCCCAGUCCAGUUCUACCGCAGACCAGACGGCAAACUGGUCCAACUAGUUCCCAUCAGCCAGCUGAGACCGGUGAAUCCCAACCAGCCGGUCCAGAGAGGUGGCGCCGUCGGUAACCGAAUGCCUCCUCCCUCCGCUGUAAAGCCCUUCCCCCUGCGGUCCUUGUCUUCGCCUCUGUCAGGCCUCCAGUCCUUCUCCAAGUCCUCCCCCGCGGCGCCGCUGCGCCCGUCCUCUGGCUUCCUGCCUCAGAAGGGGACAUGCACCUUUAGAAUCCUCCCCGCCAACUCCAGCCAGGAAACCCUCGUCGUCACUUGUCCUAAAGUUCCCCCGAAGGCAGCGCAGACUCCAGCCUCCUUCAGGCUCCUCCACCAGCAACCCGCCGCCACCCCAGUGAAACUAAUCUCCCUCAAACCUUCCGUGGGUCGGGGCGUCGAGCUCGGGGUCAAAACGGUGACGGUGUCUCCGCUCCCAGUGGGUCCUGGUGGCAUGUUAGUCCAUCAGAAACCUGCCAUCUCGACUCCUCAGAGACUUCCAACUCCUCCUCCAGCGAUGUCGGUGUCAGAGGUCCCACCGGUCCUCCCACCUGACCCCCAACUGGAGGUUGAGUUGAAGCCGGAGCCGGCGUGCGGUCUGGUGGACCAGGACGUCAUCUGUGUGGACGACAAGCCAGGGCUCGAUGACACGGCGAGGGUGGGCAGGACGUCUCUGGACGGCGUGGAGCUGGAUGAGUCCAGCAGCGAGACGGAGAACUCGUCAGACUUCAGCGAUGAGUCGGACAGUGAAGAAGAAGAAGAAAAACGAGAAGAAGACCAGGAGAAGAUUAUCAGCAACAAGCGUCCCAACCACAGCGAGCUGGAGAAGCUGCGGCGUGGGAAGCUACAGCGGCUGCUGGACGCUCUGAGGACGGAGGUGGGACUGAGCCAGGAGAAGACGUCUAAGAUCGCCACGUUGAAGCAGGCGGUGCAGGUGAUCGAGCAUCUGAAGACGACUCACAGCAAGCUGCAGCAGCAGAAGAGGAGGCUGAGGAGGAGGAGGGACCAGUUCCUCACCUUCAUCUGCCCGGCCAUCGAGAGCGAGCAGACGGACGGACCGGCGCCCGACGGGACAGGAGGUGGUGGCGUGGACAUGGUCGACCUGCUGGACUCGUCUGACGAUGAGAGACUCGUUACCAAGACGACGAACGUCAUCACUGUCACAAACGGGGAAGGCGAAGGUCAUAGUGUUGCUGUGGAAACACCGACGGAGGCAAGCUGGCUGACCGGUGGUCAGCUGAAACUAGCGAGUAUGACGACCAGCGGCGACUCACCAAACGGCCCGAGUGUGAAGAAGCUGUUAAGUGUUCGCUCCACAGACGCUUUCAAAGAUCUCCGCUCAGUGCUGGACUCUGAAAACUCUCCCAAGAUCGUCCUGCUGCAUCAGGCUCAGCAGGAGAUCCAGACUCUGAAGAACGACUCGGUGAGACUGAGGAGUCUGAAGAUCUGCCUGAACCAGCAGAGGAACGCCUUCAUCACAGAGAUCGCACAGAGAUCAGGUCAGAGUGAGCAGAGCGUCUGUGCGGAGCUGCAGCAGCUGCUGUCAACCAAUCAGCAGCCAGCAGGAUCAGAGGCCCUGUCCCCUGCAGCAGGAGACUCCACUGAUGAUGAUCUUAUCACCUCCUCACAAGCCCCACCCACUCCUGUUUCUGCCCCUCCCACCACCACACCUGUCCCCACACCUGUCCAAACACCUGUCCUGCAGGUGUCAAAGCUCCUGGCUCCUCCUGCUGUUUCCCACAAUGCACCAGUGGUGAGGGAAAGGCCGAGGACAAUUCCCAACAUCCUGUCUCGCAGUAAGAAUCCUUCGGUGGUUGCGCCGCCCAUGAAGGCCGUGGUUCCGGCGGAGGUGGUGUCGCUGGUGGGGCAGCAGCUGGUGACCCUGAGCCCACUGGUGGUGGGACAGACAGGCUUGGCCUCAGUUACCCUCAACAUCCCGAAUCUGACCAAUCAGCAGAUCCAUCUCGCCUCGCUGCCCUGCCCCCCAGCCGGUAAGAUCUACGGCAGCUCCGCCCCCUUAGCCAUCACUGACCUCACAGACCUCAACAACCUGCUGCAGCUGGUUCAUCCAUCAACUAGACAACCGCAUCAAACACAACAGCAACAAAAACAACAACAAACACAACCACAAAAGCAACAAACACAACAGCAGCCUCCUGUGACCUCUGACCUCUGUGAUGUCACAGCUCAGGAGGCGUCGUCCUUUCCAUGUGCAGGUUUGCGUGCUGAGGUCACGGCGGCAGGCCCUCCGGGGGUGGGGCAUCCAGGGAGCAGAGACGACGUGGGUCUGACGUCGCUCCUCAACGAACUCGUCUUCCUCAACCAGCAGACCACCACCACAGCGUCCCUGGAAUCCCCGGAGAGACCUUGCUCUGAGGAUGCGGCGGAGGCGGGACACGCCCACGGCGCCUGGCUGCUGGAGCUGGACUCGGACUCUGAUGAGGCUGGGGGGACAAAGGAGGAGGAGCUUCUGGACCAUGAGGAGGAGCAGCCUGGGACCGCCGACGGGAUCUCUAAAGCUGGUGCCCUGGCUCCGCCCCCUCUGCUGCAGAUGAAGGUGGGCGGGGCCAAGGUGUCGGACGCUGCCAGCAGUGACGGAGCAGCAGCAGAGGAAGGGGGAGGGGGGUGGGCAGAGAGGGGCAUGGCCUGGCGUCCGAUGCCAAGGCUCGUUCCUCUGGGGCUGCGAGGACUCCCACCCAGCUGAUAAUGUCAAGUCACUGACGCACCUGACGGCCAAUCAGAAGCAGCAAUCUUAUCUUGACAUCAUGACUUGUCGUUUUAUUUAUUCUUGUCAUCUGUUCUCUGGAUUUAAAGUCUUCGGCUCCAUUCAGGGUCCGAGUGACUUCAGGAGGGAGGGAGGGAGGGAGAGGGAGAGAGACAGAGAUUCCUGUUAAAAUGGAAAAACUGAGAAGUUUGAGACAGGAAGUACAAACAUUUCAGUGUAAAAGUGUUUUUUCUUUUUUGUUUUGAAAAAAAUAAUAAUUAUAAAACACGAGUUGUUUACAGGAAACGACGGCUCACAUGUCAGACUCACCAGGACUCACCUGCACCUGGACUCACCAGACUCCCCUGGAGUCAGCUGGACUCACCUUGACUUAGCUGGAGUCACCUGGACUCACCUGGACUCAGCAGACUCAGCUGGACUCACCUGGACUCACCAGACUCAACUGGACUCACCUUGACUCACCAGACUCAGCUGGACUCACCUGGACUCAGCUGGAUUCACCAGACCCACCUGGACUCCGCUGGACUCAGCAGACUCAGCUGGACUCACUAGACUCAGCUGGACUCACUAGACUCACCAGAAUCACCGUGACUCACCUGGACUCAGCUGGACCCACCUUGAGUCACCUGGACCCACCUGCAGCUGGACUCAGCUGGACCCACCUUGAGUCAGCUGGACUCACCUGCAGCUGGACUCACCAGACUCAGCAGACCCACCUGGACUCACUUGGACUGAGCAGACUCACCUGGAACCACCUGGAGUCAUGUGGACUCAGCAGAUUCAGCUGGACUCACCUGCAGCUGGACUCAACUGGAUUCACCAGACUCAGCUGGACUCACCAGACUCAGCUGGACUCACCUUGACUCAGCUGGACUCACCUUGACUCAGCUGGACUCACCUGCAGCUGGACUCACCAGACUCACCUGGACUCACCAGACCCACCUGGACUCACCUGACUCAGCUGGACCCACCUGGACUCAGCAGACUCACCUGGACUCAGAAGACUCACCUGUACCCAGCUGGACUCACUUGGACUCACCAGACUCAGCUGGACUCACCUGGACUCACUGGACUAACCUUGAUUCACCAGACUCAGCUGGACUCACCAGAACUCAGCUGGACUCACCAGAACUCAGCUGGACUCACCAGGACUCACUUGGACUCACUUGGACUCACUGGACUUACCUUGAUUCACCAGACUCAGCUGGACUCACCAGGAUUCGGCUGGACUCACGUGGACUCUGCUGGAUUCACGUGGACAUGGCUGUUAAUGGAGCGCUCUGCUGUUUGUCUGUAAAGAUUUGUUCUGUUGCCUUGAGGAGUAUGUUUUUCUUAAAUUUGUAUUUUUUUACUUGUUCAAGAACCUCAGAUGUAAAUAUGUCACAUUAUGACACAAAUAUCAAUAAACCUUAAUAAAAUCAA